CGUAUCUCUUUACGUUAGAGAUUUUGUAUUUCUUCUGUGCUUGUAUGCGCAUAUAUUUUUUGUGACGGAUUCGCGCGAAAAAACCAGCAAUUUCCUCCCCCUCCCCGGGAGGAACGUGCGAAUAUUCACGCGUCGUCGGGCGCGCCGAUCGGCGUUUCUUUCCGAGCUGAUCGGAUCGGCGUAGCCGCAAUUCAACUGUCAUCCCGGUCCAUUUCUUAUCCCGCGGCUCCUUCCGCGAUUCGCCAAGGAGCGUCGGACCAGGAGCAGAACAACGAGGACGAUUUGAGCGAACGCACCUGGAACGUCGGAGUCGGGAUGGCGCAGAAAUGGUGACGAAUUUCAGUAUCGAACAUCUGGCUUUACGUCCCGAGGGACACACAGACUGGGAGUAAGGAUGGCCUUUCACUGGGAUAAGCUCUCGCCAGGAGAAUUUCAACAACUUCAGGAUUUGGCAGCUUAUUCCACACGGAAACUCCAGGAUGUUCUGGCCGAAUUUUGCGGGAGCAACACGACGCCGAGCGGUGUGCCGAAAUAUCAGCCGGACGGAGACAUCGACUACGAGGGUUUCCGCAAAUUUCUGAAUUCCUAUCUUGAGAUCAAUACUCCGGAUGAAUUGUGCCGACAUCUUUUCCUCUCGUUCGUCAGGAAGAACUCGUGCGGAGUGGAUGGCAAGGCUUUCAAAGAGAUGGCCGUGCUUUCCUCGACUACCGCCUGCGCCGCAAUUACGUCGCACACGACUUCCAGCAGUAACGUUAAUAGCGCCGUCGUAACCGGCGGAACUUCCGUGGAGAGUCACAGCAGCGGGUCAACGCUGGCCGACAAAAUUCACGGGAUCACGGAAAAAUUACAAGCGCUCAGCCAUCACAAAACCGAGAGCGAGAUCUCGAAGACGCGAACCGGAAGCGUGCAUCCGAUGUUGACGGUCACCCACACGUCGUACAGCUGUCACGACGUACUAGACAAGAAGAGCACGGACAGCAGUCCGAGUCACAGCCAAAUGUCGCGAAAUUCGUCCAGGAAGUCGAACAAUUCUCUUCUCGUCAACAACGGGAAAUUGGAAGAGAUGAGGCACCUCGUCAGAAAGCAGAGCACAAUAGACGUUCAGUCAGUUAAAGUCAGUCUCAAAGACAUCGUUUGUUAUCUCUCCCUCCUGGAAGCCGGCAGACCGGAGGAUAAAUUGGAAUUCAUGUUCCGGCUGUACGAUACGGAUGGGAAUGGCGUCCUUGAUACAAACGAGAUCGACUGUAUCGUGAAUCAAAUGAUGAAUGUCGCGGAGUAUCUCGGCUGGGAUGUGACAGAGCUGAAACCGAUUCUGCAGGAUAUGAUGGUCGAGAUCGAUUACGAUGCGGACGGCACGGUCUCGCUGGAGGAGUGGAAAAGAGGCGGCCUUACGACAAUUCCUCUGUUGGUUCUUCUGGGUCUGGAUUCCCACGUGAAGGAGGACGGGAACCAUUUGUGGAGGUUGAAACACUUCAGCAAACCCGCGUACUGCAAUCUCUGUUUAAAUAUGCUCGUUGGCCUCGGCAAGAAAGGGCUUUGUUGCGUUUUUUGCAAGUACACGGUGCACGAAAGAUGUGUGCAAAGAGCGCCGGCGUCCUGUAUAGCCACUUACGUCAAGAGCAAAAAGACGGCACAGACGAUGCUCCAUCACUGGGUCGAAGGUAAUUGUCACGGGAAAUGUUCCAAAUGCAGAAAAACGAUCAAGAGUUACAACGGCAUUACCGGCCUGCAUUGCAGAUGGUGCCAAUUAACUCUGCAUAAUAGAUGCGCGUCGCAAGUACGAGCGGAAUGUACGCUCGGCGAGCAUGCAGUACACAUCCUCCCACCUACAGCGAUUUGCCCUGUUGUGUUGGAUAGACAGAGGUCGUUGUCGAGGGAUGGAAAACGAGGCAGCAGACACGGUCAGGAUGUGUCAGCGGGCGAUUACCUGAGCUCCGGUAGCUCGUCGAAUCAGCAACCCGCUAUGUCAUUUCAAAUUACACCGCCGGAAGGCACGAUGCCGCUUCUGGUGUUCAUAAAUCCGAAAUCGGGCGGCCGACAAGGAGAGCGAAUGUUGCGAAAGUUUCAGUACAUUCUGAAUCCUCGGCAAGUUCACAAUCUGGCGAUCGGCGGGCCGAUGCAGGGCUUGCAAAUGUUCAAGGACGUGGAUAAUUUCAAAGUGAUUUGUUGCGGAGGCGACGGAACGGUCGGAUGGGUUUUGGAAACUAUGGAUCGCGUGAAAUUCGAGAAACAACCAGCCGUUGGCGUAAUACCACUCGGUACGGGCAACGAUCUCGCCAGAUGCUUGAGAUGGGGCGGCGGUUAUGAAGGGGAAGCGGUGCAUAAAGUGCUCAAGAAAAUAGAAAAGGCGGAGCAAGUGAUGAUGGAUCGCUGGCAGAUAGAAGUUACAAAUCAAAACGAGGAGAAGAAAACGAAUCAGGACAGCAUACCGUACAAUAUUAUCAACAAUUACUUCUCGGUGGGCGUCGACGCAGCGAUUUGCGUGAAAUUCCACAUGGAAAGGGAAAAGAAUCCCGAAAAGUUCAACAGCCGGAUGAAGAAUAAAUUGUGGUAUUUCGAAUACGCGACCACGGAGCAGUUCGCCGCGAGUUGUAAAAAUCUUCACGAGAAUCUCGAAAUAAUUUGCGACGGUACACCUCUGGAUUUGGCUCACGGGCCAUCUCUGCAGGGAGUCGCAUUGCUAAACAUUCCGUUCACACACGGGGGUUCGAACCUCUGGGGCGAGCAUCACACGCGGAAUCGCCUCGGUAAACGGAAAAAGCGACCCGAGAAGGAAUUCAGUACAAGUAGCUUCAAUUCCGUAGAUCUCACAGCCGCCAUUCAAGACAUCGGUGACAAUCUCAUCGAGGUAAUCGGUUUGGAGAACUGUCUGCACAUGGGUCAGGUGAAGACCGGGCUUCGACAUUCCGGCAGAAGAUUGGCCCAGUGCAGCAGCGUGACCAUCACCACGAACAAACGAUUCCCCAUGCAAAUCGACGGGGAACCGUGGAUGCAGGGACCUUGCACGAUUCGUAUCACACAUAAAAAUCAAGUACCAAUGCUGAUGGCACCGCCGCCGGAUAAGAGCAAGGGCUUCUUCCGGUUCUUAAGGAGGUGAACACGGCAGCUUUUACCGAAGGGAGGACGGAUCGAAUGAAAAAAAAAAAAAAAAAA